ACCCGAACCCGAACCCAACCCUUAUACGAAGUUCCUUACAAAUUACACACUAAAGCAAAAUCUGCAAAAUCACUGGUAGAAACCAAAAAUGGCUCCCGAAGUUCUAAUGGUAGCGGAGAAGCCGAGCAUUGCUCUUUCAAUUGCUACAGUUCUUUCCGGUGGUCGAAUGUCAACAAGAAGGGGUAGCACUGAGGUCCAUGAGUUUGACGGGAUGUUUCUGGGAUUUCCCGUGCUUUAUAGAGUAACAUCAGUGAUUGGUCAUGUUUUCAGUGUAGAUUUUCCGGGUCGUUAUCAAGACUGGAAUGCUACUAAUCCUUUGGAUCUCUUCGAUGCACCAACUGUCAAAACAGAAUCCACGCCGAAGGCUCAUAUUGUUAGGCAUUUGAACCAAGAAGCUCGUGGUUGCGGGCACUUGGUAUUGUGGCUGGAUUGUGAUCGUGAGGGAGAAAAUAUAUGCUUUGAAGUAAUUGAGUCCACUGGUUUCCAGUCAAAGGAUGGAAAAAAGGUUUAUCGUGCUCGAUUUUCAUCUGUAACUGAGAAGGAUAUUUUGAAAGCCAUGAGUAACCUUGUUGAACCUAACAAAAAUGAGGCACUGGCUGUGGAUGCUCGGCAAGAGAUAGAUCUCAAAGUUGGAGUUGCCUUCACACGGUUUCAGACGAGCUAUUUCAAUGGGAAAUACGGAAACCUUGAUUCACGAGUUAUUUCUUACGGGCCGUGUCAAACUCCAACUCUAGGCUUUUGUGUGCAACGACACCUAGAUAUUUCCACUUUUAAGCCAGAAAAGUUUUGGGCAUUGCACCCUUACAUAUUACACCAAGGGUAUGAACUAAAAUUACAGUGGGAGCGCCAUAGAAUAUUUGAUUCAGAUUCAGCUCUUAUGUUCCAAAACAUUGUAAAAGAAGAUGGAAUGCUGAAAGUUGUUCGCAUAUCAGAAAAACAGGAGUUGAAAAGUCGCCCUACUGGUCUCAACACAGUGAAACUUCUGAAGAUAGCUUCAAGUGCUAUGGGCUUGGGACCGCAGCUGGCUAUGCAAUUGGCUGAGCGUUUAUAUACACAAGGUUUCAUCAGCUAUCCCCGAACAGAGAGCACUGCAUACCCAUCUUCAUUUGAUUACAAAGGUGCGCUUGGAGCAUUAGUCAGGAAUCCAGAAUUUGGUAAUUAUGUGCAGCUGCUGCUGUCUGAUGCCUAUCACAAGCCGCGCUCUGGAACUGAUGUAGGUGAUCAUCCUCCAAUAACUCCAAUGUGUUCAGCUACCGAGGAUAUGCUAGGGCAUGAUUCGUGGAAACUCUACCAAUAUAUUUGUCAACAUUUUCUGGGAACUCUUUCUCCUGAAUGCAAGUACACUAAGAGAACGGUUGAAUUUGAAUCUGGUGGCGAAUCAUUCCAUUGUGUUGGGCAGCAUGUCACGGUCAAAGGAUUCACAUCCAUUAUGCCAUGGUUGUCAGUGACUGAGAAAAACAUACCUCAGUUUACUGAAGGAAAAAAAAUUGACAUAGUGCGAAUUGAAGUAGAAGAGGGGAGUACACAGCCUCCAGAUUACCUUACAGAAAGUGAAGUUAUAUCCUUGAUGGAGAAGAAUGGAAUAGGAACAGAUGCAUCCAUUCCUGUACAUAUUAACAACAUAUGUGAACGCAAUUAUGUACAGGUACAAGCUGGAAGGAGAUUGGUUCCUACUGUUUUGGGUAUCAGCUUAAUAAGAGGCUACCAGUGUAUAGACCCAGAUCUCUGUUUGCCUGAUAUUCGGAGUUUCAUUGAGCAUCAAAUUGGCCUUGUUGCUAAAGGUCAAGCAGACCAUUCCUUAGUCGUGCAGCAUGUGAUAGAGCAAUUUAGAAGGAAGUUUAGCUACUUUGUCAAGCAGAUUGAAGACAUGGAUGCAUUAUUUGAAGCAGAAUUUUCUCCACUCUCAGACUCUGGACGAGUGCUUAGCAAAUGUGGCAAAUGUUUGCGGUACAUGAAGCUCAUAUCUUCCCAGCCAUCACGGUUAUAUUGUGGGACAUGUGAAGAAAUUUAUUACACUCCUCCAAAGGGUACAAUCAAGCUGUACAAGGAACUUACCUGCCCUUUGGAUAACUUUGAGCUUUUGAUCUUCUCCUUGCCUGGCCCAGAGGGUAAAUCCUUUCCGUUCUGCCCUUACUGUUACAACAGCCCUCCAUUUGAAGGGAUAGACAAUUUAUACGGAGCGGCUAAAACUGCUGGUGCUGUCAAGCUGGGCAAAGGAGCUGGCAUGCCGUGUUUCCUCUGCCCACACCCUACAUGCCAGCAUUCUAUGAUAUCCCAAGGUGUUUGUGCUUGCCCCGAGUGCGAUGGCACACUAGUGCUCGACCCAGUCAGCGCUCCCAAAUGGCGGCUCUAUUGCAAUAUGUGCAACUGUCUUGUCUCCCUUCCUGAAGGCGCUCAUAGGAUCUCGACAACUAAGGAUCAUUGCCCUAAUUGUGACUCGACUAUCUUAGAGGUGGACUUCAACAAGAAGACUACUCCUUUGAAAGAUGGCGGCACUCUGCACGUCGGGUGCAUUCUGUGUGAUGAACUGCUGCAUUCACUCGUGGAGAUGAAGCACGGGAGGUCGUUUUUCAGAAACAGAGGAAGAGGCCGGGGAAGAGGACGAAGAGGAAGGGGCAACAAGAAACAGCAAGAUCCGAAAAUGAGCUUCCGCGAUUUCUAAAGGAGUGUUUGUUGUAUGUAGAUUGAAUCUGUAGUGGUUUUCAACAUGCAGAAUAGUUGUAGUUUUUGCAAUUUUUUUUUUUUUUUUUGCAAAAAUUUUGUGAAUCAGCAUGAUUUCUAUUACUGCCAGUAAUAUCUUCUAGUAAGACUAUGUUUAUUAAUGACCCUUAAAAAACCUAAUUUUUUACUAAAAAAUUUAUUUCUCUUUCUUCCACA